AUGGCGUCGCAGCAGGUGCUCUUCGCCGAGACCAUCGCCGGCAUGAAAAAGGCCUUCAAGCGGAGGGCCUAUGAGUCCGACUCGGAUUCCGAGAUUGAGAGCUACACCAACCGCGGCAACAAGCUGAAGAAGAGGGCGCGUUUCGCGCACAAGGGGCAGUUGCUGCCCACGACAGCGCCGGUCGCCUACAAGGAGACUGUCGAGUACGCCGGUGUACGGAGGGCCAUCAUCCACCGCAACCCUCCCUUGGUCGACGAAGACGGCUACGAGUUCGACAGCGACGACGACGAGGCCCGCAUCGAGGAGGCCAUGCUGUCGGCUGCAGAGCUGGACCCAUAUGCCAACAUUCGCCUCGAGCACAUCCUCGCGCCUCUCACCGCGUCGACCGACCUACCGACCCAUCCCGUCCUCUCCAAGCCGUUCACGUCCCACACACUUACAGAACUGGUCAAGCAGAGCUCUGGCAUAAUGCAAAAGGAGAACCGGUCGCUGUGGAAGGUUCGGCAUUUGUGGACAGCUCUAUGUGGCGACGCAACUUGGGUGCCGUGCUCGACCAUGGUCGGCGCCAAUGACAUUGAGUUUUAUAAGAAAGAAAGCACAGCCCGCCAGCCUAAGGAUGGUUCCAAGGCAGACGACAAGGCACCUUCACCGGCCAACGUGAAUGGCAGCUCGAGCACCGACGAGCUCGGUGCUCAUUCUUCAAGGCCAGACGAACCAAAGGCCUCGGACGAGCAGGAUGUCGCUGUCCCAGCGGAUGGCGACGUGGCCAUGCGCGAUGCCGAAUCACCUGGAAAGAGGAAAACACCUUCCCAGCAGGGUGAGCCUAUGGAAACAGACAACGGCACGGUUCCCGAAGACGCACCAAGCAAAACCAACGACGCGAAGAAGGACGACGGCAAAGGUAUACCCAAUGGCGACACGGGCAAACAUACAAACGGCGGACAGCCUACAAACGAAAGCACAAGCCAGGGUCGCAAGAAGGGAAGCCGGCCGCCCAGUGAAGAUGUCCAAAUGCACGACGGCGCUGAAGAAACAAGGAAGCCGUCUCACCAGAGCCUGGAAGACAAGACGGAUGCAGAGGCGUCAUACAUCCACCCAAUGUUCCUGCCGCCUCCGAAUGCCAAGAUGGACCGGAACCUCGGGCUGCCAGAAAAUGAGGCCGAAGACAUCAGACGGCUGCUGGCCCUGUAUGUCCAGAAGCAAGAGGAGGUCUGCCGAGGAGCUUCAAGGCUACACCUGGGGCUGCUGAAGGCGGAAAGGCUGCGCAAAGACGUGCUGCAUUGGUCAAAGGCAGAGGCACACUGCGGGCCCAACCGGGACAUGUCCGACGGCGAAGACUGGUACGACAAGGAAGAAUGGGGCCUGACGGAGGAUCUCAAGAAGGGCCAAGACGAGGAAGAGGAAGACACGCAAACGACAGGGAAGAAGACGAGGAACAGGAAGUAA